AUGGUUCCGUUUCUGCGUGUGGAAACACCUGUUCCUCAGGAACCUGUGAUUAACGAGGAGGAUCAUCAUCAAAAUUGCUCAAAAUGGCGUAAAAUUUCGAAAAAGUUAUCAACUAAACGGAAACGAACUAAUGAGCGAGUUCAAGAGUCCUGUUUGGAUGACAAAAACGCGAACAAGGAGACACACGCGGCCAGAAUCAGCCGUGAAAUGAAGACAACCGUUGAAGCGAUUGCCUAUAUUGCUGAACAUAUGAAAAGCGAGAUGAAUGAUAAAAAGACUCGUGACGACUGGAAGUAUGUGGCCAUGGUUAUCGACCGACUGCUUCUUCUCCUGUUUUUCGGCAUCACUUUGGGUGGAACUCUCGGCAUAAUCUGUUCUGCACCACACGUUUUUGAUUUCGUUGAUCAGGAGCGGGUUAUCAGACAACUAAAUGCUAAAUACAUGAAUUCGACAGAAGAACUGCUCACGACGCCGGCCACAUUCUAG